UCAAGGCUCUCAAACUUUUGUGCGAUUUCCUUCGCAUUUCGAAACGUCUGACCAGUACGACUCGCGUACCGUAAGACACAAUUUAUACUAUUACUAGAUUUCGAACGCCAGCCAGGGGAGGUUAGGUUUCAAGAGCCGUAUGCAGAAUCGGUGCGCGCAGGCUCCUCUUACAAAUACGCGAAUUUUGACGUGGAGCCGCGACGGCCGAGAGAGCGACGGUCUGAACCCCCCACCUGGCAUCAACCUACACACAAGGAUCGACAUUAUUAUAGACAUAUUAAACAAGUUAAACCACAAAUGGGGAGGAUGAAUCCCCUUGACGAACACGAGCGCAAAAUCAUCAUAGAAUUCUGCCAUCUCCUUGAAAAAUCCAAGCAGCUUUUUAACGGUUUGCGUGAGCUUCCGCAAUACGGACACAAGCAAUGGCACUCUUACUUCGGAAAAACCUUUGAUGUUUAUACGAAGUUGUGGAAGUUUCAGCAGCAGCACCGCGCUAUUCUUGAUUCUAAAUAUGGUUUAAAACGUUGGCAAAUUGGUGAGAUAGCGUCCAAAAUUGGACAGCUGUAUUAUCAUUUUUAUUUAAGAACAAGCGAUACCGUUUAUUUAAGUGAAGCAUUCUCAUUCUAUUACGCAAUUAGAGGCAGAAGUUAUUACACUCAAGCAUGUAAGGAAGACAAAUGUGAGCUAAUGGUAAAGAAACUUCGCUACUAUGCAAGAUUCAUAGUAGCGGGUUUACUUUUGAAAAAAGUAAAAUUAGUAAAAGAUUUAUUAAAAGAGCUCGACAAACAAAUAACUGAAUACGGCAAUGCGUACCAGCCGGAUGAUCAGAACGAGUGGAGGAUUGUAGCAGACGAAGUCAGGUCUUUCAUUAAAGUGGAGCCGGUUGUGUCCGUGCACCACCCUGACGAGUACGUGGUAAUCCUGUCUCACCGCCUCAGCCCGCAAGUGACGCCCCCGGUUGAAAGGACCCCAUCAAUGAUUCUCUCGCUACAAGAGGUGCUGAUUAUUGGCAGCAAUUCUACGCAGGUCAAGUUUUCAGAGCUGACCAUGGAUAUGUUCAGAAUGAUGCAAACUCUUGAACGGGAGCCUUCUGGCGAUAUUCAACACAUCUAUGACGAGUCUCCGCGGCAGCGGUACCCAUCGACUCCAAGCGCGGUCCACAACAAAGGAUAUAACUUAGAGUGCGGCAGCAGCAAAAUCGAGAGUCCUCAUAAAUACUUGCUAUUCAAGCCUUCGCCGAACCAAAUAUUUGUGUACUUGGCGAGCGCCUGCGAUGACCUGCCACCCAACGGGGUGGUCCUGCUCUAUAUAUCGGCAGAGGGACUCAUCGUUCCACCCGUCAAACAUCCUGAAGAUGCUGGUGGCUACGACGUAGGAGGUCUCAUCACAACAUCGAAGAUGGACGUGCUUCACCGAGAAUCAAAAGAAGGAAAGCCAUUACCAUCAAAGCACAGGGAGCUUCAGGUUUUACACCCUGGCGACCUGUUCCCCUUCACGCGGCGACCGAUGUGCAUCAUCGUGGACUCUGAUAACUCCUUUAUAUUCAACGACAUGCCUCGGUAUUUUGGACAGCCUCUGAUCAUUCUGAUGUCCCCGAUUGAGCUGCCCACCACUUUAUAUCCUUCAUUAGAAGACCAGCGCGUCGAAGGCAGCUUGUUCAGCCUGUUCCUGCACUGCCCCCUAUCGGCCGUCUGCUUCUGCUGUGACAUCAGAAAAAUGUCCUUGAUGAGCUGGGAACGGGCUCAGGCCUACAUCGACUCGUAUCUGGCUGAGGCUGCGAUGCUGCUGAUACGGAGCCGCCCAGAGAGCAUGUACGUAGCAUACCUGGGCGACGACUUCCUCCGGCUGCUGAUACUCAGAUUUAUAUUCUGUGAGACAAUCCUGCGCAUGCACCGACUAUUCCGCGGACGUUCGCAGAGGACCCGCGCAUCCCCACCGCUGCCCGAAGACAUCUACGAACACCCAGCACUCACGCACAUCGUCAUCGACCUGGUCUCCCAUCUUCAGGUUCGAGGACACUUCCACGAUCCGGCUGCUGGUCCCCCUUCUACUAGGGAAUGAUAUAACAGGGCCUCAACCGUAUCGUUUGCUGAUCAAUAAAGUGAUGAGUGUUUGUCGAGAGUCAAGUGUAUAUGUAACAUGGGCUUAAUGAGGACAAUGGAAAUGCAAGGACAAAAAGUGUACUAACUUCGUCAAAAUUAUACGUCACUGAAAACGGUGACUAGUUUAAUCUAUUUAAAAAGUUUUAUGCACUUAUGGCCGGUUGCUACAGACAAGAUAGGAUUCGUUUUGCCUACAGAAGGCAGUUUUUUGAUGUCGAUUCCAUGAAGAUUAAGUCAAAAUUUGUCAUCCGUAUGCAAAACGAUUGGUUUCUUGUUUAUAGGAACUGGUCAUACAAUAAUUAAGUAUAUUGUAAGAUGGACUUUACAAAAUUGUGGGACUUUGAGAAAAAAAUAUCUUUAAACUGUGAACAUUCCGGACACGAACAUUACGGAAUUUAGUAUUAAGAAAUGAAAGUACAUCAAUAUGUGCGUCUAUGAAGAUAAACGUAGUUAAUGAAUUGAAAUGAUAUGAGUAAAAUAUGUAAAUAUAAGCAUUUAUAAUAAUAAACGCUUCCUUGCAGAUCUUCUAACUUCACAAUAUAUAUCAUGUAGCUUUAUAUGUAGUUCAAAUCAUAUAUUUUAGAAAUUGAAUGUAAGUACAUAAUAAUCAAUUAAAAUAGGUAAAGAUAUAUUUUGUGAAAAAAAAUAUUUUAAAAUAGUACGUUUGGAGCUAUAUUCAUCCAUUAUAUUUAAGAUUACCUUAUUUAGUAAUACACCUAUGUACAAGAUUUGGCAAACACCAAACUAAGGUAUGUACCGACUUAACAAAAGGAGGCGUAAUGAAGACUCCUAGUACAUACCUAGUUAACAAUAAGACAGCAAACACGGAGAGUGUUUGCUGUCCUGAACUGGACUGAGUUAAAAAUAUCAGAAAUUAUUUUUGCUACUUUUAAUAAUGCUUACAAACAAAAACGAAAUUCGAUUACAUUUAUAAGAUAUAAUCAUUUUAGGAUAAUAUUCAUAGCAAAUGUAUCAUAAGCACUAUUUUGUCAGCAUAUUGCCAUAUUUACAUUUUCGAAAUUUUUGCCGCAUUAUUGAAUAAAGUUGUAUAUGUAAGUAUAUAAAUCUAACCGAUAGUAUAGGUCAUGA